UGAGUGCAGCAGAGCGCUGCUAGAACCUCCUCAGAGCUGAGCUCCAGGAGACUUUCACACAAGACACACACCGCAGGCUAGCCCGGCGAAAGCCAGGUCCAGCUCUGGGGAAACAUCUGACAGGUGACAGAAGACACUCACUUGAGCAGAGAUCGAGUGCGGCUGCAGUCAGACCAGUAGGAGGUGUGGGAACUCGGACUCGGAGUGGAGCUGCUGCCUCGUCUUCUUCGAAGGAUCUGCAGCACAAACCGCUUCCCUCCGGUCAGAGUGAAGUGGUGUCAGGCUGUGACUUCCAGUCUGACAUCCAUCCUCUCCAUGGUCCCCCCUGUCCCCCAGUGGAGGAUGCAAGCCACAGUGCUGCUGUUCAUCUUGGUGGCCAGCACAGGGGCUGCCCGUUUCGGUCGUGAUGCCACUGCCAGGACCCCAGCGGAGGACCCAAAAACCAGCAAUGUCUCCCAGCCCGAGUCUCCCGCGGGGAGUCCCGCCGCACCACGCUUACCAUUCCCUCCCAUGUGCAUCAAGCCCACGGAGAUCAAGCAUGCCUUCAAGUACGUCAACACAGUGGUGUCCUGCCUAAUCUUUGUGGUCGGCAUCAUUGGGAACUCCACGCUGCUGCGCAUUAUCUACAAGAACAAGUGCAUGAGGAAUGGGCCCAACGUACUCAUCGCCAGCCUGGCUUUGGGGGACCUACUCUACAUCCUCAUUGCCAUUCCUGUCAACGUCUUUAAGCUGUUAGCAGAGGACUGGCCGUUCGGGGUGCACAUCUGCAAACUGAUGCCCUUUGUCCAGAAAGCCUCUGUAGGCAUUACGGUGCUCAGCUUGUGUGCCCUCAGCAUAGAUCGCUACCACGCAGUGACAUCAUGGAGCCGGGUAAAGGGCAUGGGCAUUCCUCUGUGGAAGACAGUGGAGGUUGCCCUGAUUUGGCUGCUGGCUGUGGUCCUUGCAGUACCAGAGGCCCUGGCAUUCGACAUGAUGGAGAUGCCGUACCGUGGGAGCAAACUGCGCGUGUGCCUUCUGCACCCCCAGCAGACCACACCCUUUAUGAAGUUUUACCAAGAUGUAAAGGACUGGUGGCUGUUUGGCUUCUACUUCUGCCUCCCUCUAGCCUGCACUGGCAUCUUCUACUCCUUGAUGUCCUGUGAAAUGCUGAGCCGCAAGAAGGGCAUGCGCAUUGCCCUCAAUGACCAUAUGAAACAGCGUCGGGAAGUGGCCAAGACCGUGUUCUGCCUGGUGGUCAUCUUCGCUCUGUGCUGGCUGCCCCUCCACCUGAGUCGCAUCCUGAAAAAAACAGUCUACAACCAGCAUGACCCGAAUCGCUGCGAGCUCCUCAGUUUCCUGCUGGUGAUGGAUUACAUUGGCAUUAACAUGGCCUCCCUCAACUCCUGUAUCAACCCCGUGGCACUGUACUUUGUGAGCCAAAAAUUUAAAAAUUGCUUCCAGUCAUGUCUGUGCUGCUGGUGCAAGAGACCAUCCAGAAACAUCUCUCCUAUUGAUGAAAGAGGCCUGGGGGUGCGCUGGAAGGGCUACUGCCAUGAGAAUGGCUUGGACCGCACCAGCUCUCGGUCCAGCCAGAAGUACAGCUCCUCCUAAGGAUGCAGCACGCCUGGAAACUAAGGAGAGGCCAACAAUUAAAGCCCAGCAUUUUACCCUUAUCACAAAAUUAUGCUGGAUGAAACAUAGACUUCAUGUGGGUUCUUGCUGCAGCAAGGCCUCGCCUCGCCAUAGGAUAGCUGUGAAGCAACCACACUGAAUCGGACCACCUUGGACACACCGGUAACCUAGGGGUAGCCACUAUUUAUGCUUAGAGAUUUAACAAGCUGUACAGCACUCCUGCAGAAAAAUCUUCAAUGUACUGGCAAGAUGUUUGUAUACAGUGAGGAGGAGAACACAGGACUACACUGGAUGGACACUGGAUGGGUUCAGAAUGAGAAUCCAGAGAACUCAGUCUUUCCCACAGCGGGACUGGGAAACUGUCAAAUCAACAGCAUGGGAAUAAUAAAAUCAUAGUUCUCUAAAUGAACAAAGCAUUAUUUAUAGCUCAGUAUUAAAAUAUUGCGUGUAUAUAACUUAUAUAUGUUUUGUACUGAUAAAGAACGGAAAGCAUACGCCUUUUAAGAAGUUGUAUAACCAUCCAACUCGAGUUCGCCCCAUAUAAAUUAAGAAUCUGAAUGCAACAACAGACAUUUUCCCACAAUCCUCUUCCUGUUCAGCUGUCAUUCUGGAAUAUAGUUAGAGCUUUUCAUUGUGUUGAGUGCCUUCGGACUUGGACUUAGACUCUCACACCUUGGGCACAUUGUCAGAAAAGACCAAUCACUUGAAAAGGACAUCAUGUUUGGUAAAGUCGAGGGCCAACAAAAAAGAGGUAGACCUUCAAUGCGACGGAUUGAUACAAUUGCCCCAGCAACGAAUGAAAAUGUUGGAAUGACCAGGCAUGCGGCGCAAGAUUGGGCAACAUUUCGCUCUCUUACACAUAGGGUCGCUAUGAGUCAUAAACAACUCGACGGCAACUAACUAAACUUUCAUUUUGUAUUUUCGUUAUUCAAAACCUAACGAAGAAACUGUACACAGGAGGUAAGAUCUUUUUGAAGCGAUGCUGGCUUUAAGAAUAUCGUUUUUAGAUGAUUUUAGUGGUUGAAUGAGGGAGAUUUUCUUUCUUUGAUAUGAAAUGUGAACAUUACCAUUUAUCAUACCGCAUUUUUUGCUGAGGUAAAGUGUAGCAUUUUUCUCCAUUUAAAUUAGAAAAAAACAUGUUUUACCUGUUGUGUAGCCCUAAUCCCUUGAAUUUUCUGCAGAAAUAUUCAUCAAAUGAGUCCUUAAUCAGUUUAAUUCCCCAUACAUUGGAUGCGUAUCUACUGCACAUUACAUGUAAGAAGAAAUAGAUCAUGAACGGUAAAGCAGCAUUACAAUACAGACACUGUUUCAGUUUUGCUGUUUAGGACAUGAAGCAGAGGAUUUUGUGUCACAUGCUGAGUUCAGACCGUAAAAAAUAUGCAUACAUUUUUUGUAAACACGACAUAAUGGUACAUUGAUUUAACUUCUAAUACAAUACACAUACAGCGCACUUACAAUGUGAACAAACGUGGUAAAGCAGACAUGUAACAAUGUGACCUAAAGGAAGCCAAAUAUAAUCUUGUGUGUAUGUGCAUUACGUGUUUUUGUGUUCACAUAGUGUUUGUUGAAAUUUUCCACAAGACACAUUUUGCUGUGUAUACUCUUGUAAGCUGUUUAGACCUAGAUCAGAUAUUUCAUUAUAUAUUUUGACUUUCUCAAAUUUAAAACGCUAAAGAUUUUAUCCUACAAAUAAUAGAUUGGAAUAUUAACAAAGCUUUUUAUAUGUUUUGAACAAUAUGCUGCAAAUAAAUAUUAUUUUAUCA